AAUUAAAAUUUUAAAUUAAUUCAAAUUCUAUUGAUUUUUUUUAAUUUCAACUUAGAUGGGGUUAAAUAAACUUUCCGUAAUUUUCACUAGCACAAAAACUGAGGCUAUCUACAAUUCUACAUCUCAUGCAACUCAAACAAUCCACACCAAGAAAACAAACUCAUCUUCCUACAAAAUGGGCUGGCCAUCAAAACUAAAAAUCCUCCGUGUACCCAAGAAAGUUCCUUUCUCUCUCUCUCUCUCUCUCCUUUCAGCUCCUUCUACAUUAUCAUAAUCCGUCAUCAGCUUCUAUCCAAGACAUGGGUUCACAGAUUCAUGUAAUGUUUCUUCCCUACAUGGCUCCAGGCCACAUGAUGCCAAUGGUAGACAUAGCUAGGCUAUUUGCUGCACAAGGUAUAAGAGUCACCAUCAUCACCACCACCAUGAAUGCCAUUGGAUUCAAGAAUUCCAUUGAAAGGGACGUCGAAUCUGGUCGAAACAUUUCCCUAGAAAUCCUUCGUUUUCCUUCUGCAGAGGCUGGCUUGCCUGAAGGCUGUGAAAACUUGUCAUCCGCACCAACACCAGAAACGACGAUAAAACUCAUCCAUGGCAUUGAGUUGCUUGAACCCCAGAUUAAGAUUCUAUUUCGAGAACGCCGACCUGAUUGUAUUGCCUCCGAUUAUAUCUUCUGGUGGACUAUUGACGUCGCUACUGAACUUGGAAUUCCAAGGCUUGCAUUCAGUGGUAGUGGUUUCUUCAAUCUCUGUGUUGCCAAUAGUAUUGAAUAUUAUCGACCUCAUGAUUCUAUUGUUUCUGAGACGGAAACUUUUAUGGUUCCAGGCUUGCCAGACCAAGUAGAAAUCACAAGAUCACAGCUGCCGGAUCUUGUGAAAAGAAGGACAGAAUUCUCUGAAUUUUUUGAUAAGUUGAAAGAGGCUGAGAGGAAGAGCUUUGGGUUGUUAAUGAACAGCUUCUAUGAGUUAGAAUCAGCCUAUUCUGACCAUUUCACCAAAGUUACAGGAAUCAAAGCUUGGCAUUUAGGCCCUGUAAAUUUGUUCAGAAGUGUUAAUGAUAAUGCCCUCAGAGGAGACAAGGCUACUAUCUCCGAGCAAAGAUGCCUGCGUUGGCUUGAUUCCAAGGAACCAAAUUCUGUGCUUUAUGUCUGUUUUGGAAGCACGGCAAGGUUCAGCAAGGCUCAGAUAUUAGAGAUUGGUAAUGCACUUGAAGAUUCAAGCUACUCAUUCAUCUGGGUAGUGGGAAAAGUCCUGAAAGAAGACAAUAAUGAGGAUCAUCAGCAGCAGGAAGAGUGGUGGUUGCCUGAAGGAUACGAGGAGAAAUUGAAGGAAAAUGGCAAAGGACUUGUAAUAAAAGGAUGGGCUCCUCAAGUUUUGAUAUUGCAUCAUCCAGCAAUCGGUGGAUUCUUGACUCACUGUGGUUGGAAUUCUAUUCUUGAAGGGUUAUGUGAAGGUUUGCCAAUGGUCACAUGGCCGAUUUUUGCAGAACAAUUUUACAAUGAGAAGCUGGUAACCCAAGUGCUAAAAUUUGGAGAACCUGUCGGAAAUAAGACAUGGAGAGUGUGGGCGACUGAGGACUCGACAUUGAUAAGCAGAAGCGAGAUUGAGAAUGCAAUAAGAAGAGUGAUGGGUGAUGAAAAUGAAGCAAAAGAGAUGAGAAAAAGAGCAAGAAGAUUAGCAGAAUGGGCUAAAAUGGCAGUGGAAGAAGGUGGAUCAUCUUGCAAUGACAUGAAAUCUUUAAUUGAAGAUAUCAGAAUGUUUAAACGCUUAACAGAGAAAACAACAAAGGAGAGUUAAGAGAAUCUUUCAUAUCACUAGAAGAGCUAGAGAACACCAUCAACAAGUAACUGCACCUUGAAUUUGUGACCUGCAAAUUAAAUAGGAAUUUUUUUGGUUGCAUUAAUGUUCAUAUUGGUCAAAGAGAUGAAAUUUGCAGGAUUUCGUGCAAAAGAUAGAAAGAAAAAUCACCUUUGGUGCUAGACUCUGUUGACCAUGAACUCAUAUAUUUGAUCUGACAAAAUCUCUUAAUCAUACAAUUCUGUGGUGCAAUUUAUAUUUUGUUCAUGCAAAUGAUAACUUGUUCAAGUCAUGAUUUUUUUUUUCUUUAAUAUGUGUAUCAAUUGAAUUAACAUGUAAUGGAAAAUGGGUAAAUUGUAUCAUACAUCUCUUAUUUUUAGAACUUA